AUGGCUCUGCCCUACCCCAUGGCCGUGGGCCUCAACAAGGGCCACAAGGUGACCAAGAGUGUGAGCAAGCCGAGGCACAGCUGCCACUGGGGGCACGUCAUGAAGCACACCAAGUUCGUGCAGAACAUGAUCCAGAAGGUGUGUGGCUUCACCCCUUAUGAGCAGCAGGCCAUAGAUCUGCUCAAGGUCUCCAAGGGCAAGCAGAGCCUCAAGUUCAUCAGGAAAAUGGUGGGAACACACAUCUGUGCCAAGAGGAAGAGAGAGGAGCUGAACGAUGUCCUGGGAGCUAUGAAGAAAGCAGCAGCUAAGAAGGACUGA